UAAAAAUUAUCUGAUACAUGUCUGUAUUUCAUAUUGUACCGUUACUUAAAAAGGAAACUUAAUUUCGAUAAAACUGAUCUUUUACAAAUAUUGGAAGCCGCAUGAAAGCCCACUCAUUAUAAAAUCCAUUAACAUACCACAUUUUAGAAAGGAUAAAUUAAAUAAACUUUGUUAGUUCCAUUGUGUACCUGAAAAAAGGCGCUGUUGAUUUAAUAGAUUUUUGUUCAAAGUAUAAGCCAGUGGGAUAAAGGGUGUUAAUGGGUCUUACUGAAUGGAAUAUUAAAAACAAAAAAAAAUGAUGUAUAUACUUUCGAAAUUUAUUCAAUAGCUAGACUGUUCAUGCAGUAGUUAUGAAAUAUUGUAAAAAAUGUUUUAACCGGUAUAUAACAGUUUGAACUGAUAUAAUAAAACAAAUAUACUCGAGUUAACACUUAAAGAGAUAUGUGGAGUUUUUUUAUCUCUACAAUUCAUUGAAAACAGAUAUCUCGUAUCACUUGUGUAAGUGGUCUAAUCACAAUGACAUUACUCUAAUGAUGGUGUUAAGAAAGGAAGUACGCUUCGAAGGGGAAAAUAAAAGUGAUGCUAAUGUUAAAAAACAAAGAAAACGUGAAAAUAAUAAGACAGUGGAUGGAAAAACAGAGAUGACGAAAUCUGCACCACCGCAACGCACGCACUCUUCUGCACGCAACACACACGGCCCUGGAACAGGGAGAAAAACUUCAACUGCACAUGCACAUAAAUCAAAGUCGUCUGCCGAUUUAUUUGCAAUAAGUCUUGAAGACAUUUACCAGUCCGCUGAAAGGGAAAGGUUAAACUAUAGCUCGGCUAUCAGACGACAAAAUCUUGCACAUGCACAAAGCCAGACGCAAUUUUUCCGACAAGGUCAGAGCAGUCCAGUUUCCCGCCCGAAUACAAGUGCCAGUCGGCAUAUCAACGCUUUUCGGCGGGAAGCGAACACGCCAGUGAGUGCUUGGAGUGAACCAAAUAUUUCUCGUCCAAACUCAAUCGUACCGCAUCCAGAGUUGCGGCUGUUAGUGGAGAACGAGGACGAGGAUUCGAAUGCAGACGAGGAGGAGGAAGAUUUCGACAUGACACACCAUACCCCUCUGACAGUAACGUUCUCUCCUGUAAGCCGCGGGGAAUGUUGCGAAAUCUUAGGCCCGCAGUUAUGCUACGAAUGUCGAAAAAACAGAAUAAGACAGGUAAAUAGAGAAAGAUCGGAUAUGUUCUUUCCGACCCUAGAGCCGUCCGAAGAGAACCUUACCACCGCGGCAAUUGUUCGCAAGUACCUGCCAGGAUUAUCUGAACAGGAAGUUGAGGACAAAUUAGCCCGCGGAGAAAUUGCACGGCCGUCAUUCAAGAAACAUAACAAACACAUAGAAUUCUCCGAUGAAGAAGACGAAGCCAAACCAAAGUUCACAAAUAAAAAAGUGACAAUUGCUGACACUGAAAAAGACAAGAAAGCUAAAGCAGUAGUGCCACCAAAACCGAACGAAUUAUUUUUUACCAAUAUAAGAGACCUUAACAGUAAAAUUAUUACAGGGAAUGUUGACAGGAAUGUUGGCUUUUCCAGUGUUGCACGCAAAGUGAUAAAGAAGGACAAGCAAUUAUCGUCUAAGAAUUAUUUUCCAACAUUCGUAAGUCCACGUAAAGUAGUCAUGGUGCAAGAGACAAAUUAUAAAACUUAUUUUGACCCACCACUUAUUGAAAAAUCAAAACAAGACGUUGAACCCGCCUUUUUCGCAGGAUCAGCCGGUGAAUAUACAUUACCAGAAAAACUUCCCGACGAACUCGUUUUUGUUGACAAAGACGGUAAUGAAGUUAAAGCAAGUAGUUCACAAGGAUUUACUUCUAAAACACCAGCUUCAGCUGAGACAAAAGAUAACAGUUCUAGUAAAUCGGUUACAAGUAAACCUGAGCCAAAGUCAUCAGGAAUGGAUAUACUAAAAGAGGAUGAGGAAGAAGAAAAUGAUGAAGAGGAUGAGGAAGUUCAUGAACUGUUGAGUACCGGAGAAAGUGAAAUAAAUGAAAAGACAGAAGAGCUAAAUGAAAAAGAAAGUGAUAGCAUACAAACUUCUACGGAAACGGGUAAUGCUCCAGAAGGCAAUCAAAUGCCAAAUGUUAAAGAGACAGGUGCCUCUUAAAAUCGCAGGGUGUUAAAUAGUUAAUUCUUAUGUAAAUUUGGUGUUGGUAAAAUGUCAUUCAAAUUUAGCAAUAGAAAUGCAUCACUCCCAUUUUGAUUGAAGGAUAUUUUCAAAAUGACGUUAAACAUUAUGAAAUCGAAUUUGGUUAAGACAUUGCUUUAGAUAUAAUUUGAAGAGCUUUAUUUAUACCCUCUUAAUUCACAUUUUACGUAGAGAGCUUAGUAUCUGGUAGCAUCUGUCCACGUGUCGAAUAACAGUUUUUAUCUUCAAUAUUUUAGUAAAUAUCUGUAACGAAAAUACCUUUACCAUCUACCAAUGGCAUGGACUUUACAUAUUUUAUUCUAAACAUCAUCUAUUCAUAAUAUUUUGCUUUGCCAGAUUUUUCAACUUUGCUAGUACAUGUAUCGAACAUUUAUUUCUAUCUCGAACAAGUGGUGUUUAGCGUUCAGCUGGAGAAAAAGACAACGCAUUCUAUAAGCAGCUAUGAUAUAUAAUGUUUUAAAUAAAAUGUUAUAGAAAACUUC